CAGGGCGGACGUUAAAUCUCGGCGAGUCCUCAAGGAGGAAGGUUAGCCAUGGCCGGGCCUCUGAUUCUGGCGCACAGUCUGGCGAUCCUAAUUUUCCAAGGAGUCCUGGCUGAAAACCUGAGAAUAACCUUUUGGAUUGAGCCUCUUCAGCGGGCGGAGUUUGACGCGGAUAUGGCGGUGGUGCUGAAGGAGCUGGAUGUCCUGCAACUGGACACUAAGGUGGAGGAUGUCUCUCUGACUCUGACGCGUUCCGAAGACGGCCAGGACAUGCAACGCUUCUGUGAAAUCCUCUCCACUGUGGGCACCAGCAUUGUGAUCGACAUGACCUACAACCACUGGACCGAGGGCUAUGAUCUGAUCCGCAGCCAGGGCAUCGCCUAUGUGCGCUUGGAGCGCAUCCUGCGCCCUUUCCUGGAGAUGUUCGGCGAUUUUAUGCGCCAGAAACGGGCCAACAACGUGGCCAUGGUCUUUAUGAACGCCCGGGACGCUGGCGAGGCCACACUCCAAAUGCUCAUCGGCUAUCCGUUCCGCACCCUCAUCCUGGACGCUAGCCAGGACGACCCGGGCCAGGAUUUUCUGGAGCGCAUCCGCGCACUCCGUCCGUCCCCCGCUUACGUGGGUCUGUUUGCCCGCGGCGGCGCCAUGAACGGAAUCUUCGAAAGGGUUCAAAAAGCCGACCUUUUCCAACGACCCUUGGAGUGGCACUUUGUUUUCCUGGACACGAGGGAUCGUGUGUUCAAGUACAAGCGGCAAGCGGAGCUGUCCACUCGGUUCACCCUCAAUCCGCGGGCGAUAUGUCGGUCCAUGGCUAUGCCAGACCUCUACUGUGGCAGUGGCUUUACGAUUCAACGCGGAAUGCUGCUGAAUGUGCUGCGCAGCCUGAUCGAUGCGGCGCAAGUGAGCCCUGAGUUCCCGGUUCCCGUUUUUUGGGAGUGCAAUGCCACAGACUCGUCGUCGGAGGCGAAGGACGGGACAGAAGCUUCCUGGCUGGACCUGGUGCACUGGAGCAACUUCUUGGCGUAUGCCGCGCCACCUGAACGCGUUUCCGACGACUCUACAGAGUCCCUUCCCGGCUUGAGUUACGCCAUCAACAUUUCCGCCGGCUACUACAGCUCCGAGCAUGAAGCCAAAACGGAUCUGGCGGUGUGGUCGUCAGUGGGGACUCUCCGACUCCUCAACGAGACCAUCAGCCCUGCUCGGAGGUUCUUCCGGAUCGGCACCGCCGAGAGCAUACCCUGGAGCUACCUGAAGCGAAAUGAGCGGACGGGAGAGCUAGUGCGGGACCGGAACGGCCUGCCCGUUUGGGAGGGCUACUGCAUCGACUUCAUCAUCCGGCUGGCUCAGAAGCUGAACUUCGAGUACGAGAUCGUGGCCCCCCAGACGGGGCACAUGGGCGAGUUGGAUGCCCAUGGAGAGUGGGACGGCGUAGUCGGAGAUCUGGUGCGUGGCGAGACUGACUUCGCGAUAGCGGCCCUCAAGAUGUACUCGGAACGCGAGGAGGUGAUCGACUUCCUGCCGCCGUACUACGAGCAGACAGGCAUAUCCAUUGCCAUACGGAAGCCCGUCCGGAGGACCUCGCUCUUUAAAUUCAUGACCGUGCUGCGACUGGAGGUCUGGCUGAGUAUUGUGGCGGCCCUGAUUGGCACGGCCAUCAUGAUCUGGUUCAUGGACAAGUACUCGCCGUACAGCUCCCGUAACAAUCGGCAGGCGUACCCGUACCCCUGCCGGGAGUUCACGCUCCGGGAGAGCUUCUGGUUCGCUCUCACCUCGUUCACGCCCCAAGGUGGCGGAGAGGCUCCCAAGGCCAUUUCUGGACGGAUGCUGGUAGCAGCCUACUGGUUGUUCGUGGUCCUUAUGCUGGCCACUUUCACCGCCAACCUGGCAGCCUUUCUCACCGUGGAGCGCAUGCAGACACCGGUCCAGUCCCUGGAGCAACUCGCCCGCCAGUCGAGGAUAAACUAUACCGUGGUGAAGGAGUCGGACACCCACCAAUACUUCAUCAACAUGAAGUUUGCCGAGGACACGCUGUACCGAAUGUGGAAGGAGCUGGCCCUGAACGCCUCCAAGGACUUCAAGAAGUUCCGUAUCUGGGACUACCCCAUCAAGGAGCAGUACGGUCACAUUCUCCUGGCCAUUAACAGCUCACAGCCGGUGGCCGAUGCUCGGCAAGGAUUCGCCAACGUGGACGCGCACGAGAACGCCGACUACGCCUUCAUACACGACUCCGCCGAGAUCAAGUACGAGAUCACUCGGAACUGCAACCUCACGGAGGUGGGAGAGGUGUUCGCGGAGCAACCGUACGCAGUGGCCGUUCAGCAGGGCAGCCAUCUGGGCGACGAGCUGAGCUACGCCAUUCUGGAGCUGCAGAAGGAUCGGUUCUUCGAGGAGCUUAAGGCCAAGUACUGGAACCAGUCCAACCUGAGAAACUGUCCACUGUCGGAGGACCAGGAGGGUAUUACGCUGGAGAGCUUGGGCGGUGUCUUCAUUGCCACCCUGUUCGGCCUUGUUCUGGCCAUGAUUACUUUGGGCCUGGAGGUGAUAUACUACAAGCGGAAGAAGACCAAGCUGGAGGGGCCCAUUACCCAGGUGCGUCCUGCGGACGGCUCAACUGCGACAGCCCCCCCAACUGCUGUCUCUGGCACGGCCAAGAAGGCUUGGAGCAUUCCCACGGAGCAGGAAAAGCCGCCGCUGCACCCAGUGAAGGUAUCGCCUCCGCCCUCGUUUGAGGUGGCCACUUUCAGGGGCAAAAAGUUGCCGCCAAAGAUUACCUUGGGCGAUGGCAAAUUCAAGCCACGUCAUGGCCUCCACCCGAGGAGAAAUAUUGGGGGCAACGACUCUCAGAUGGGCUACAUGGAAUGAAGUAUUAACUCUUGUUGUUUUUUUCUCUCUUGUGCACUGAAUCGUAGUGAUGUUGGAAGUUGUCUAAAAUAAAGCAAACUCUAUAGACUUCAAAA